UCAUUACAAUAUUUCUUCAACAUAUGCAAGGAAGCAUUUUACGGACAACUACUGAUUCUUGCCGACCGAGAGACAUGCCGGAAGCGGGGAGCAAUGAAAUAUUGGCUAAUGCAGACUGUUGUCAGGGAUCCAUUCAGAGCAACGACACAUAAAGACGUCAUCCUUCGCGCACGCACCCUGGAUACUGUCAUCCACAAUGCAUCAAUAAUGAACGCAGUCGGCACCUGUGGCCGGUACGCUAUCUCCUGAUAAAACACUUGCCAUCGCACUUUCUUGCGUUGGCGGCGGAAGCGAUAAUAAGAGCAUUGUCUCCUGUACCUUGACCGACCUCGUGGACCAUGCAGAAGACGUUUUCGAAGAUCCUCUGCAUAGCCUCGUCAUCGUUGGCGAACGACUUCACCGUCUCGAAGUCGAGUAUGCGCAAGACUUUUCCGCUGAUCUUGAGAGAUGGAGCAGUCGGCUAAGCAAGUCCUACGGAUGUGCAUUGGAUUAGGUUGGGUGGAGCCAAGAGUCACGUUGCCUCGCUGUGUAUAUUUUAGUCUUUGUCGUCUGAAGCCCCAAUGUUCCACUUCAAAA